UUUGAAAAGAUGGAGUUCUUUGUGCCAACCAAAAGUUUUUGGUGGACUUUGGUUUAGAAGAAUGGAGGAUAUGAAUAAAGCUUCAUUGACUAAACUUGGAUGGAAGGUUUCAACAGAGCCUGCUAGUGUUUGGAUUCAAUGUGUUAAAGCAAGAUACUGGAAAGGUAGAUGUUUCUUCUCUUUGUUUCCAAGACAAAAUAAUUCUUGGGGAUGGAAGAAUAUACUUGCUACAAGAGAUCUGCUAAAGAAAAAUUGUUGCUUUAAAAUUGGAGAUGGUUCCACAGUGGAUAUUUGGUCAGACCCUUGGAUUCCUUGGAAGGAAGGAUUUAUGGCCAAACUGGAAUUAAACAACGAGAGUAUCGCCAUGGUUGGGAGCUUGGAAACGAAUGGCUUGGCGGCGGAGAUCCUGUCGGAGAAUUUCGAUCCGACGGCCAUAGUUGCAGAACCAGUGCCUGCGGAGGUUCUAUCCAACGGUGAUCUGGGAUAUGGAGAAGGAGACGAAAACAACAACAACAACAACAACAACGACAACAAGACGCAAGAGAAAAAGCGAGAGAUAGUGCUUGGCCGGAACGUGCACACCACGUGCCUCGCCGUCACCGAGCCCGAAGCCAACGACGAGUUCACUGGCGACAAGGACGCUUACAUGGCCAGUGUCCUCGCUCGCUACAGAAAGACCCUCCUGGAGAGGACCAAAUACCAUCUGGGGUACCCGUACAACUUGGACUUCGAUUACGGAGCGCUGGGGCAGUUGCAGCAUUUCUCAAUCAACAAUCUCGGUGAUCCAUUCAUCGAAAGCAACUAUGGCGUCCAUUCCAGACAGUUUGAAGUAGGUGUGUUGGACUGGUUUGCUCGCCUUUGGGAAAUUGAGAAGAAUGAUUACUGGGGAUACAUCACCAAUUGCGGUACGGAAGGGAAUCUUCAUGGGAUUUUGGUAGGAAGAGAAGUACUCCCAGAUGGGAUUUUGUACGGCUCCAAAGAGUCCCAUUACUCUGUUUUCAAAGCUGCUCGAAUGUAUAGAAUGGAGUGCGUGAAGGUUGAGACUCUUGUAUCCGGCGAGAUUGACUGUGCUGAUUUUAAGGUUAAACUACUAGCUAACAAGGACAAGCCUGCAAUCAUCAAUGUUAAUAUAGGAACAACUGUGAAGGGAGCUGUGGAUGAUCUUGAUCUUGUCAUACAAACGCUCGAGGAAUGUGGGUUCACGCAGGAUCGGUUCUAUAUCCAUUGUGAUGGUGCCUUGUUUGGACUUAUGAUGCCUUUUGUCAAACGUGCACCGAAGGUUAGUUUCAAGAAGCCAAUUGGUAGCGUGAGUGUCUCUGGCCACAAGUUUGUAGGAUGUCCAAUGCCUUGCGGAGUUCAGAUAACAAGGCUGGAACACAUUAACGUCCUUUCAAGGAAUGUUGAGUACCUUGCUUCGAGGGAUGCCACUAUCAUGGGAAGUCGGAACGGCCAUGCGCCAAUUUUCCUCUGGUACACCCUAAACAGAAAAGGUUACAAGGGAUUCCAAAAAGAAGUCCAGAAGUGUCUCCGAAAUGCUCACUAUUUGAAGGACCGCCUUCUUGAAGCCGGGAUCAGUGCCAUGCUGAAUGAACUCAGUAGCACAGUUGUGUUUGAGCGGCCUCUAGAUGAGGAUUUUGUUCGUAGGUGGCAGUUAGCAUGCCAAGGAAAUAUAGCCCAUGUUGUGGUGAUGCCUAAUGUCACCAUUGAUAAGCUAAAUGAUUUCUUAAAUGAAUUGGUUGAAAAACGCUCGACCUGGUAUCAGGAUGGAAAAGUCAAACCUCCUUGUAUUGCCGCUGAUGUGGGAACUGCAAGUUGUCUUUGCGGGCUGCAUAAGUGAUGAACAUUUAACUCAUGGAGCUAUGUUCUUCUUGUUUUGUCUGUAACAGCCUAUUACUUUUUGUAGUAAUUAGAUUUGUUGUGUUUCGGAGGGUUUUUCACCCUCGAUUCUGUUCUAGCUUUCAUGAUCUAUUCUUUUAAUUGCUUU